AUGUCUGAGUCGAUCAAACAUCGGUCUAACAACGCCACAUACUCGUUCAAGACUCCUGCAGCUGACCUGCCCAUAGAAAUCUUGAAUGAAUUCUAUUGGACUAAUGAACAGGAACCACAUGUAGCUAGAAGAAAGGCAAUCUUGAAAAAACAUCCGGAAGUGACAAAACUUACCGGAUAUGAAACUAAAACUAAAUGGUACGUCUUGGGGGUUGUUGCAUUGCAACUCUCAGUUGCGUUCUACUUGAGAAACACUUCUCCAUUCUCUUGGAAGUUUUUCCUUUUGGCAUACGUUAUUGGUGCUACUAGUAACCAAGCUAUAUUUUUAGCUAUUCAUGAACUUUCACAUAACUUAUUAUUCAAGAAACCAAUUCAUAACAAGUUAUUUGCCAUUUUCACCAAUAUCCCAAUUGGUAUUCCAUAUUCUGCUUCUUUCCAACCAUAUCAUCAAUUGCAUCAUAAAUUUAUGGGAGAUGCUUACUUAGAUACUGAUUUACCAACUCAAUAUGAAGGAAUUUUCCUUUCUAAUGUCUUGGGUAAAUGUUUCUUUGCCAUUUUCCAAAUCUUAUUCUAUGCCCUUAGACCAAUGUUUGUCACCCAAAUCCAAUUUACUUAUAUUCAUUUAUUGAAUGUUAUUUUCCAAGUUGCAUUUGACAUUAUUAUGGUUAAGAAUUGGGGUGGUAAUUCAUUAUGGUAUUUCAUUAUGAGUUCUUUCCUUGCGGGAUCUUUACAUCCAUGUGCUGGUCAUUUCAUUGCUGAACAUUAUGUAUUGAAUGAAAAUAAUACCACUAGAAAUGUGAAGAAAGAUAAUGUCAACAUUUCCAAAGAAUUCUUACCAGCUGAAACUUAUUCAUAUUAUGGACCUCUCAACCUGUUGACAUGGAAUGUAGGUUAUCAUAAUGAACAUCAUGAUUUCCCUUACAUUGCCUGGACAAAAUUACCUGAAUUGCGUCGUAUUGCUCCUGAAUUUUAUGAUCCUUUACCUAAAGUUGAUUCAUGGUGUGGUGUUAUCUUUUGGUUCUGUUUCAAUGAUGUAAAUACUUUAUGGAAUAGAGUGAAAAGAUUGGGGAAGCAAAAGCAUGGAAACAAGGUCAAUGUUCCAUUAGAUGACAAUGAAUAA